GCUAUAGCCGGGACACAGUGCGGGCGCGGCUUCCCGGGUCCCUGGCAGGCCUGUUCGCCGGCGGCGGCAACAUCUACGCUCCAGAGCCGCCGAUGCGCAUCCAGUGACCCGUUCUGCGAGGCCCGCGCGCGGCGGGGGCGGCGGCAGACGCUUGGCCACCGUGACCCCAAUUUUGGAUUUACCGCUGGGGGGGUGGGGGGAACCUGGAUUUAACUGGCGACUGUUUUGGGGGACGCAAGACGCCAUGUUGUGGAAAAUAACCGAUAAUGUCAAGUAUGAAGAGGACUGCGAGGAUCGCCAGGACGGGAGCAGCAAUGGGAACCCGCGUCUCCCCCACCUCUCCUCGGCCGGGCAACAUCUCUACAGCCCUGCGCCGCCCCUCUCCCAUACCGGAGUCGCCGAAUUCCAGCCGCCACCCUACUUCCCACCUCCCUACCAGCCGCUGACUUACUCCCAGUCGGCAGACCCCUACUCGCAUCUGGGAGAAGCGUACGCUGCCAUCAACCCCCUGCACCAGCCGGCGCCCGCCGGCAGUCAGCCGCAGGCCUGGCCCGGCCGCCAGAGCCAGGAGGCCGCCGGCUUGCCCUCGCACCACGGGCGCCCGGCCGGCCUGCUACCCCAUCUCUCCGGGCUGGACGGUGGCGCUAUGAGCGCCCGCAGGGAUGGCUUCCGCCGCUCGGACCUGCUGCUGCCCCACGCGCACGCCCUGGACGCAGCGGGGCUGGCGGAGAACCUGGGCCUCCAUGACAUGGGGCAACAGAUGGACGAGGUGCAGAUCGUGGAUGAGCAGCACCUGCUUCUGCACGAUCAGACUGUGAUUCGAAAAGGUCCCAUUUCAAUGACCAAGAACCCCUUGAGUCUCCCCUGUCAGAAGGAGCUGGUGGGGGCUGUGAUGAACCCCAGUGAGGUCUUCUGCUCCGUCCCAGGAAGAUUGUCCCUCCUGAGCUCCACAUCGAAAUACAAAGUGACAGUUGCCGAAGUCCAGAGGCGAUUGUCCCCACCUGAGUGCUUAAAUGCCUCAUUACUGGGAGGUGUUCUCAGAAGAGCCAAGUCUAAAAAUGGAGGCCGGUCCUUGCGGGAGAAGUUGGACAAGAUUGGGCUGAAUCUUCCAGCCGGCAGGCGGAAGGCUGCACACGUCACCCUCCUGACGUCUUUAGUAGAAGGGGAGGCUGUUCAUUUGGCUCGGGAUUUUGCGUAUGUCUGUGAAGCUGAGUUUCCUAGUAAACCGGUGGCCGAGUACUUAAUUAGACCUCAUCUCGGAGGACGGAAUGAGAUGGCAACGAGGAAGAACAUGCUGCUGGCCGCACAGCAAGUGUGUAAAGAAUUCACCGACCUUCUCAACCAAGACCGAACACCCAACGGGAACAACCGGCCGCCCCUGGUCUUGGAGGCGAACAUUCAGAAUUGCCUGUCUCACUUCAGCCUGAUUACCCACGGGUUUGGCAGCCAGGCCAUCUGUGCCGCCGUGUCUGCUGUGCAGAACUACAUAAAAGAGGCUUUGGUCAUCGUAGAGAAAUCCUACAUGAACCCCGGAGACCAGAGUCCAGCCGAUUCCAGCAAGACCUUGGAGAAGAUGGAGAAGCAUCGGAAAUGAAACAGGUGGAAACAAAGGGACGAAGAGUCUGCAAGAGGAAAAAAAUCUCCAGAACCGCUCUCACCGGCACAGAUGGGGAAACUCCUCGGCCCCGGUGGGGGGACAAGUUGAGCUUUUACUUGCCUUCCCAUUGAAAGGCCUCUGUUGGCCUCGGAGUUGGACCUGCCCUCUGGGAGUCCUUAGUAUUUCUCUGGCGCUGAAGCGUCUCCUUAACUCUGGACAAGUGAUCAGAAGGUGACAAGUACUGGUUCUCUGUUCAUUAAGCUUAUGUUUUAUUUUGAACCCCAUUCUUCCUGUCUCUGAAAGUGGUGCUACAAGUUUUCAAACCUUUUAAAUCCAUCCCCUGGGCUAACAAACCCCACAUGCUUAGCUGUUGAAAUGUCAAACCCAUGUGAUUCAAAUCAAUAAUAACUUUCAGUGUUAAGGUCAUUGCUGGCUUCCUGCCCACUAACUGUUUAUCUUUAGAAAAAAGUGUUUAUCUAGCAUCUUCAGAUAUCAAAUCCUGCAUUCGGUAGGAGGCAGACUCUCCGCUUAGCAACUAACUAAUAGGUGGUAUUGAACACACUUAAAAAUCCCCUUGUUCAAAAGGGGCUUUUGGGUUUUACAAAACACGUAGAAACAAAGCCUGCUGAUUUUAUGUUGUUUGUUUUUUUUAACUUUGAAAAUUAACUCUUCAAAUGGGAGAUUCUUUGAAAUGACAUGUUCCUUUAAGGUACUGAAGCUUUAUUUGCAUAUUUAUUUCACAUCUUGGUGAUUCGAGUAAACUUGAAAAGGGUAGGCAUGAAGCGUUUUUUGCUGCCUGUCACCCCCAGGUCCCAGAGGAGGCGCUGUUAUUUUGAGAAACAGUGUGUCUCGUGUACAGAUUUUAUUUAUGCAUAAUUUAAUCGGGUCUGUAAAUACGGGUGCACUUCUUAGUGACUUUUUGAGAAAUGGGGUUCCAUUUUAAUAACUUUUAAAGGUGAUGGGGUCAUCUAAAACACAUCUUUAGGUUUUAUUGAUAUGUACACAGGGUGUUACGAAUUAGGAUCCUGGGCUCUGUUCUAUUUAACUGAAGCUCUCUGUUCACAAAGCGAUAACUUUGUGUCUCAUUCCUGUUGGGCUAAUCCCAAACAGGAGUGUGCGGUGCAGUGUAUGGGGUGCCAUGGAGAUUUGGAAUUGAACUCCAUGCCUGUAAAUGUUCACACAUUAAAUUGUGUAUAUGAUACCUGUACAAUAAAAAGUAUUCUCUAUAGAAGCUG